UCUAAUACCAACCGCCAUCUCAUUCAACCAACCAAGCUGCUACUAUCAACCACUCUCUGCGCACAAAAUGAACUUCAAAUCACUUGCCCUACUCCUUACUGCCGCUGUAGUCCCUCAGGCUGUAGUCGCAGGUCCACUUGCCUAUGGUAUUUGCCAGACAGGAUGCAAUGGCCUAGCUGUCGCUUGCUACGCCGGCGCUGGAUUCACAUUCGGGGUCGCACUCCCUGCAGCACCUCCUGUGUUGAUUGCGUGUAAUGUGGGCCUUGGAGGGUGUAUGGCGGCUUGUGCCGCGGUCGCGCUUGCACCCACUCUCUGAGUGGGUGCAAUCGUGAAUGUGGCGACGAGAACCACACGGGCUCUCGUCUUGCGUGAUGAGAAUGGCGUCUUUAUUUGACAACGCGACGCAAGUUUAGC